CAACCGCUCAACUCCCAAUGCCGUCCUCGGACUACAAAACCGCAACAGGCGGCGCGCUGAAAUUGAAAGGCGCAGGCGUCGAUAAAAAGAAAAAGAAGAAGAAGUCGAAGACUACCACAGAGUCUACCAAACCCUCCGAAGACCCGCAAACUGCCGAGGCCUCCACACAGCCCGCCGAGCGCAAUGGCUCAAAGUCACCAUCCCACACACCACGCCGCUCGUUAUCCCCUAAUACUGCCGAGCGGUCUUUUAAGGAAGGUGGUGGAAGGCAGAAAACAGAGGCAGAGAAACGGCACGAUGAGAUGCGCCGGAAGCGAUUGGAGGAACGGUUGAAGCGCGAGGGCGUCAAGACGCAUAAAGAAAAGGUCGAGGAACUGAACAAGUACCUCAGUGGGCUGAGCGAGCAUCACGACAUGCCGAAGAUCGGUCCUGGCUAACAGGAUGGGGUCGGAGUGGCGUUUGCGAUGCAUCGCACGUUGGAACAGAUAUUGGAGAUUCGAAGCACCUGCGGAAGGACAUUUGGUGGACAGAGAGCUUCAUUGCCUGAGGGUAUAUGGCCUUCCGAAGGACUACACCGCUAGGCUAGGGAUCGAUCGAGUUGGAUAUGAGAAAGAACGGUUCAGCUGGCAAGUGAGCAGUGUGUGAAGGCAGAAGUUAGGCGAUACGAAGUCGCGGUUCACGUCGGCAACGAGAUGCUAUGGGGUCUACGUUUCUCUCUCAGAUCAGUUCUCGAAAUAGCAAGCCCUGCAAGCAGGGCGCUGUUCGUCCCAUUCAAAUAUAAGCAUUCUUGUGGACAACGUCUAUCGGAUUUCUCGUGAGAAGUGGCUAACGCGCGUAGAACCUCCAGUGUUGUUUCAUAUUUUUGUCGU